CGCUGCCCGGGUCUGAGGCGCUGAAGCGCGCUCGGUUUGACAGGGGAGAGCUGUCAAACCAGUGCUGUCCGUGUUUAUCUUCCGUAGUCCCCGCCAUGCAAAGAAGGAUCGCAUCUACUAAAUGGCAUCUGUUUUGGAGGAUCCUUCCUUGGAAAGACAUUUCAAAGGUCAUAAGGAUGCAGUCACGUGUGCUGACUUCAGUCCUAACAACAGGCAGCUGGCCACCGGGUCAGCUGACACAAACCUCAUGAUCUGGAGCAUGAACCCCAAAGCCAAGGCUCUGAAGUUUGUUGGGCACCGUGAUGCCAUCACCAGUGUGCAGUUCUCCCCUUCUGGUGAACUGGUGGUUUCUGCAUCCAAAGAUAAAACCGUUCGGCUGUGGACGCCCAGCAUACGAGGCGAGUCGACCGUGUUCAAGGCUCACAUCGCCACGGUACGCUGUGCCAGCUUCUCCCACGACGGCCGCAUGCUGGUCACCGCCUCUGACGACAAGUCUGUGAAGGUGUGGAACGUCCACCGGCAACGCUUCCUCUACUCUCUGAACCAGCACACCAACUGGGUCCGCUGCGCCCGGUUCUCUCCAGACGGGCGCUUGAUCGCCUCCUGUGGUGACGACAGGAUGGUGCGGCUCUGGGACACCAGCUCCCGCCAGUGCAUCAACGUCUUUACCGACUGUGGAGGAUCUGCGACUUUUGUGGAUUUCAACUCCAGCGGCACCUGCAUUGCCUCGUCAGGAGCCGACAACACGCUGAAGAUAUGGGACAUUCGCACCAAUAGGCUGCUGCAGCACUACCACGUUCACAGAUCAGGGAUCAAUUGCUUUUCCUUCCACCCGUCGGGGAACUACCUGAUCAGCGCGUCCAGUGACAGCACAGUGAAGAUCCUUGACCUGCUGGAGGGCAGGCUCAUCUACACCCUGCAUGGGCACAAGGGUCCCGUCCUCACCGUAGCGUUUUCCCGUGGAGGUGACCUCUUUGCUUCUGGAGGCAGUGAUUCUCAGGUGCUGCUUUGGAAAACCAACUUUGACGCCUUCAACUACAGGGAGGUGCUGAAGAGGCACAGACGGCGUGCGAACCCCGACCCUCCCCCUCACCUGAGUGACAUCUUCCCCCGCGGACCACACCUGCACACAAACCAGUCAGAGUCCAUCCAGAUCAGCCCCAUGGUGGCGGAUACGCAGUCCGCAGACCCGCACAUCGUUGAAGUGGGCCAGUCGCUGUUCUCCAGAUCGCAGCCGAGUGGCCGUAGCCAUGGAAAUGAGGUUCCAGGGGGCAGGGCCAGGGGUCUCUCCAGAGGUGGGAGUGGCCAGACCUGGGCGGGGUCGGUGGGGAUGCAGGAGGAGGAGGCGGGCAGCCGGACCUUUGCCCUGGAGGAGCGAUCAGGCCUUCCAGACGGGGUCACCAGAACAUUGGAGCACAUUGUGCAACAGCUGGAUGUCUUGACGCAGACGGUGUCGGUGCUGGAGGAGCGUCUGUGUCUCACGGAGGACAAGCUGAGGGAGUGUCUGAACACGCAGGCACGUAUGGUUCUGCAGGUGCAGCAAGGAGCAGACUCCGGCUCUCAGGGCUCUGACCUCUGACCCCCUUCCUGAAUUUUGGGAUAGCCCGUGAUGAGCAGAACUCAUCUGCUCUUUUUAAAGACGCCCAGCUGCGGAGCUGAAACGGGCCUUCCGGUCUCCCUCACAAAGCAGGGUAUGGGGAGGUGGUCCGGCAGAGACCCGAAAAUUCAUUCAGCCUCUCUUGGAAGGCAGCUGCAGCUAUGAAAACACCCUGCCUUGUUUGGACAGCGGGGCGCACUCCCCAAAGAUGCAGAACACAGAGGCGGGGUACCCCGCUUCCUCUCACUGCAGCUGUGCUGAGGUUAGCAGGCGUGAC